AUGACGGUUGACCAACAGAUUCGGGAGCCUGUUCAGAUUACGGCCCCAACCAUAACUCACCUGCCAGAAACUGAAAUCUCCAAAACAGUUGUCAUUGAGCCAUAUCAUGUCGAUUUGCUCCCAGAGUACAACUACGUCAGCCGAGAAUACCUAAUUAGCGGUACAGCAUACGGACAGCCAUAUUGCACCCGCAUUCUUCUACGAUGCCCUGCGGAUCCAGAACAAUUUACUGGAUUCGUAGUAGAAGAGCCUUCGCAUCUAUGGGGUGGAACAAGUAUUUGGCGUCACAUCAACCGAUGGUUAAUGAGGAACGGCCACGCAUGGUUAGAGGUAGACUCACAAAGUCCCUCUGCAAUCAGUAAAAUAAAACAUGCAGAUCCAGAGCGCUACCAAGCCAUGCAUUUCAUACCCGGACCCCUCGCAAAUGAGUUCUCAGAAAACAUCCCCUUCGAGACAGAAGUCACCAAGGACUCACUGUGGGAGACAUACAACUCCUUCAAAGCCCAAUGGUGGCCCGCCACGCCUCAAUCUCCUGAAAUCAUUGCGGCUGCUUCGUAUGCUUUGCGCAGCGGAAAACUAGGCUUGACUGCGACUCGAGUAGUUCUCAGCGGACUCUCGCAGACUGGCGGGCUGACGAGACGGUUCAUCACCCACUCGUCUCAUUUGCGGUUGCCGGAUGGUACAUUGCCAUUUGAGGGCUAUGUUCCAUGCCAAUCGGGAGGGUCUGCACUACCUGAUUGCCCUGGAGUCAAGAUUAUUGAACUACUGGGGGAAUCAGAGUUUCAAACAGUCAGGCUGCCAUGCGGAAUUGGCGGGCAGGUUAAAGAGACGCUGCACCGACGACCGGACAGCGACUCAUUCCGGCUGUAUGAAAUUGCAGGCAUGGCUCAUCGGGAAUCGAGAUAUCCAUCCGCCAUUGAUACGAAACGAUGGGCUGUUGCGGACUUGAAAGGAGCCAAAUGGAGCACCUUUUCGAACUCGUUUAUUUAUCACGCUGUGUUUGAAGCUCUUGAGAAAUGGACGGGCGACGAGAGUAUAAGUCCACCAGCUGGAGUUAUUCUUGAGACGGUCGGCCAGACGGAUGAGAUUGAGAGGGAUAUUCACGGGAAUGCACUUGGUGGAGUGAGGACGCUGCAUACAGAAGUGCCGUUGUCGCGACUUGUGGCUGCGACGCCAAAGGGUCGACCAAAUUGGUAUUGCGGCUCGGAAUGGGAUUUCAGCAAAGACAAGUUGCGGGAAUUAUAUGGUACAGUGGAUAACUAUCGACAACUUGCUGGGCGAGCGAUUCAGGACCAGAUCAAAGCUGGGUUUUUGCUGCGAGGCGAUGCAGAGACGUUGAGACGGGAGACUAUAGAAAAGGUUGUGUUUUAG